AUGUCUCCAUCAGCUUGCAAUACCGGGUCGAACGGCGCAGACAGCGCAGAGCAGCUUCUACAAGACUUGAAGAAGAGCAAUACUCUGCCACUAUGGACGCAGAUGACCAGACUCAACCCGCCAGAGCCUAAUCCAACAGCUGUACCCUUCAUUUGGAGAUAUGAUAGCAUCCGUCCAAACUUGCUUCGCGCCGGCGAACUCGUCACCGAGAAACAGGCUGAGAGAAGAGUGCUCAUGCUCGUCAACCCCGCUAGAGAUGCGCCAUACACAACCGAUACGCUCUACGCAGGUCUCCAACUCGUAAUGCCCAAUGAGACAGCCCCCGCCCACCGUCAUACCGCGUUCGCAAUGCGGUAUAUUAUCGAAGGCAAUGGGGGGUUUACUGCUGUGCAUGGCAAGAGGAUCAAGAUGCAGAAAGGCGACGUGAUUCUCACCCCGACGUGGAACUACCAUGACCACGGGAAGGACGGAACCGGGCCUAUGAUCUGGCUGGACGGUCUGGAUCUACCUAAUUUCCGCCACUUCCCUGUGCAUUUUGUCGAUCACUAUGAUCAGCCGCGGUACCCGGCGGAGGAUGUUGAUAGCGCGACCUCGCCCAUUGUAUUCCCGUGGGACAAGAUGAAGGCGGAGCUGGAUAAGGCCCCGGGUACCUGGGCUGUGAGACGAUAUCUUAGGGCUGAUGGUAGCGAAGGCGGUAGUGCCGAACGGGUCGACGCUGGUACCUCUUCCCUACCCCGGCAAGAGACAACCUCCGCGGUCUACCAUGUUAUUGCGGGAAGCGGAUGCUCGGAAAUCGGGGACAAGACUCUUGUAUGGGAGACAGGGGAUACAUUCUGCGUGCCGUCCUGGUACAAGUAUCGGCAUAUUGCGGCUGAGGGGGAGACCGUGUACCUUUACCGCUUCGACGAUAAGCCUAUGAUCUCGGCCCUGGGGUUCUACCGCUCCAUCGAUACGGAUCUGGCGACGCUGGUGUCCCAGUAG